UUUAUUUGCUCUUCUUUGGCGAGACAGAAACCAAAAAACAAUUUUUAAGGUUAAUUAAUUAAAACCCUUACGUGCGGUUGGAUAGGAGAUAUGUUAAUUAAUUUUUAUAUUCGCCUCAAUCGAAACGAAACAUAAGACGAAUUUAAGGCUCAUUAGUUAAACUAAAGCAGGAUUUAAGCUGGCAUCCUUAAGACAAAGAAUAGAAACCACAACUAACACACCGCCGCCAACACUAAAACCACCAGCACCACCAAAAACCAAACCAAGGGAAACCACGGCAACACCAUAAGAAGUAGCUUCAGCACGAUAACACCAUCACCAGCAGCACACCAACUACCAUUCUACAUGAUAAGCAUAUUAUAAGAGUUUUUAUACGCCAAAUCAAAAUCAAACAAAAUAAAAACAAAGAAAAAAACUAAAGCAAUUCCACAACAUCCAAAAACGAGACCAAACCACAGCAAUAGCAGGAACAUUUUUUUUUAAUUUUGCAAGAGAAACUUAAAGCUUAAGGAAACGUCAGCGGCGGCGGCGUCGGCAACGACACAAAGGUGAGGACAAAGUCGUCUACUUAGGCAUUUGUCAAAGGACAAAACAACAAACAACUGAAAUCCCCAAUAGCAACUAGCUAACGUUGAAACCUUAGUAAUUCAGCUUCUAAAUGUCACAGCAUACAAAGAAGGACAAAGAAGCAAACAAUGCGCGACAGAGGAAAAAUGUAGAGAAUUCUCAUAAGCAAAAGACCUCCAACAAUAGCUCCUUGUCUCCCACCUCCAAUAAGUCCUCUAAGAAAGAAUCGCCAACCGCCACAAAGUCCAAGACACCGCCAUCCACAUCCACAUCAUCAUCAUCCUCGGCCUCAAACUCAGCGGAUAAACAGCAACACCACAAGAAAGUUAAUAACGGAAAUCUAGCAUUGAAUAUGAAACAAACGAAACCCUUGAACAAACAACAAAAGGAGAAACUCAAAGCCGAACGAGAAGCUUUAGUAUUAUGGAGACAUCCAAUAAAAACAUUGUCAUACUGUAGUUUAGAAAUAAUUGAACUUGUUAAGACUUUAGGACGAAAAUUAUUAGAAAGAAAAAUUUGGAUUUGUGUAUAUGCAAUUUUAGCUAGUUUUAUAGCUAUAUUUUAUCAAUUACCGGGACCCCAUCAAGUGCUGGUGGAGUUUCUUAAGCAAAACACAUGGUUUGUGGUUUAUUGGACUGGCUUGGGUAUCCUCUCAUCGGUGGGUUUGGGCACUGGCCUGCACACGUUCUUACUGUAUUUGGGCCCACACAUAGCCAGUGUGACAUUGGCUGCCUAUGAAUGCAAUUCAUUGAAUUUCCCCAAGCCACCAUAUCCAGAUGACAUCAUUUGUCCGGAUGAACCCUAUGACAAGAGAGUGCCAAAUAUAUGGAGUAUUAUGUCCAAAGUGCGGCUUGAAGCUUUCCUAUGGGGUGCUGGUACAGCCCUAGGAGAAUUGCCACCCUAUUUCAUGGCUAAGGCCGCACGUUUGUCUGGCUAUGAUCCUGACGAUGCUGAAGAAUUGGCUGAAUUCGAAGCCUUAAAAGCCAAAAGAAAUCAAAAGGAUUUAAGUCUAAUGGAUAGGGGAAAAUUAUUUAUGGAACGUGUGGUGGAACGCAUAGGUUUCUUUGGCAUUUUGGCUUGUGCCAGUAUACCAAAUCCCUUGUUCGAUUUGGCAGGCAUUACCUGCGGCCACUUCCUAGUGCCAUUCUGGACCUUCUUUGGCGCCACUUUAAUUGGCAAAGCCAUAGUGAAAAUGCACAUACAAAAAGUCUUUGUUAUCAUUGCCUUUAAUGAGACGCUCAUUGAAAAAGCCGUCGAUACUUUAUCGGCUAUUCCUGUGAUUGGCAAAAAACUGCAGGAGCCCUUCAAGGGUUUCCUAAACAACCAAAAACAACGCUUGCAUCGUCAACGUAAUGCCACACCAGCGGAAGCUGGUAAUUUGCUUUCGAAAAUCUUUGAGACCUUUGUUAUUUGUAUGGUGUGCUACUUUGUGCUCUCCAUUGUAAAUUCACUGGCCCAAAGCUAUCAUAAACGUUUGCACAAGCACAAGACCAACAGCAAUAGCAGCACACCCUCAGCCACCAGCCCCACUACCAGCAACACCACACACAGUGCUAACACAAAGAAAUCCAAAAAGGCCGCUCUGAGGGAAUAAUUUCUUGGGUUUUGUUGUUGUCCUCUUUUCUUUUACCAAAUUUGAGAGUUUUACGUUGGUUUCCACCGGAAUAUAAUCUUAAGUGUUAAAUGGUACUUUCCGUUUCCGUUUCCCUUUCCAUGUCCACAAGGGAAAACGUUAUUGUUUUGUUUCCAAUAUCGUUCAUCUGGCAAGGCAGGCGGCAAUCAUCUGCAGCCCGUAUUUUUUUUUUUUGUAUUUAUAAACAAAAAUUUAAUUUCCUUUAGCAAAUUUAUUCUUCUAUUCCUAUGUAAUUUUUUUAAGGAUAUCCCCAAAAACAAAAAGAACGUUAGAGAAUUGAGUCGCGUCAUUUGCUGACACAGACUGAUUGAGUAAAAGCAUGAUGGUGGGCAUGAUGUGUAGUAGAUUUAUUGUGUUAAUGAAAUAAAGUAAAACAGAACAAAAACAAAAAAACUAAGUAAUAAUUUAUAAAUGAAGGCUAGUCUUAAUAUACAUAUAUAUAUAUACACAUAAAAAUUACGAUAUCUUAAAAAAUACUAAGCAUUCAACAAAAAACAAUAAUGCAUAAUGAAAUCAACAAACACUAUUAUAAUACAACAACGUGAAGAAAUUGAAAAAAGACAAAAGUUUACACAGAACAAAAAAAAAAUUUAAAUACAAACGAAAACAAAAAAACAAAA